AUGUUCCCAGAACUCAAUAACCUUUUGAACACCGCCCCUGACAGAGCGGAGCAGGGGAAGCUGACUCUUCUCUGUGAUGCCAAGACAGAUGGGAGCUUCCUUGUGCACCACUUUCUUUCCUUCUACCUCAAAGCUAAUUGUAAAGUCUGCUUUGUGGCCCUCAUCCAGUCCUUCAGUCACUAUAAUAUCGUGGGACAGAAGCUGGGCGUCAGCCUGACGGCUGCCCGGGAGCGUGGGCAGCUUGUGUUCCUUGAGGGUCUCAAGUCCUCAGUGGAUGUCUUCUUCCGGACCCAGGAGAAGCCACACCCCUUGGAGUUUCUCAGGAAGGCCACUGCUGAGGAUCUUCGGCCGCUCUAUGAGUUUGUGAAGGAGGCCGUGAAGCCCGUGGACAGUGGGGAGGCUGCCUGGAGGUACCCGGUGCUGCUGCUGGAUGACCUCAGUGUGCUGCUCGGCCUGGGCGUGGGGCCGGUGGCCAUACUGGACUUUGUCCAAUACUGCAGGGCCACUGUGUGCUGCCAACUAAAGGGAAACAUGGUAGCCCUUGUGCAUGACAAUGGAGACACAGAGGAUGAGGACAGUGACGUCCUGCUGAAUGGACUGAGUCACCAGAGCCACCUGAUCCUGCGGGCUGAGGGCCUGGCCACUGGCUUCUGCCGGGAUGUGCAUGGGCAGCUCUCGAUCCUCUGGAGGAGACCGCCACAGCCCACAGCCCAGCGCGAGCAGAGCCUCACUUACCAGUACAAGAUCCAGGAUAAGAGUGUGUCCUUUUUUGCCCGAGGACUGUCUCCUGCUAUUCUCUGA